ACACAACAAAGGAACCGCUGUAGGUAAAGUGAAAUAAAGGUUCGUUAUCACCUCAGGUAAAGGGUCAUACGAGUAAAAUAACGAUAGAGGUGGAGAUUUGUGCUGUCUGUGAUGUUUUGUCGACGAUAAGAGUCCGUUGUGUUCAGGAGCAGGUGGAAGAAGAUGCCUUUCUUGGGUCAAGACUGGAGAUCCCCAGGCUGGAGCUGGAUCAAAACCGAGGACGGAUGGAAACGCUUUGAGUAUUUCGGUCACAACUUGGGAGAUAACAUCAAUGAACUUGACUUGGAUGUGUUGGACAAUGAUAACAAGGAGAAUGUCUUUGUGGGAGAAGUUUGUGAAGUAGCUGCCAAGAAAAGAAUAAAGGACUUUUUCAACAACAACACAAAAUCACAAUUUUUGUUCCAAGAGAAAUGGAUUUAUGUUCAGAAGGAGAGUACGAGAGAGAGACACGGGUACUGUACUCUCGGCGAGGCUUUUAAUCGUCUAGAUUUCUCCAGUGCCAUUCAGGACGUGCGCAGAUUCAACUAUGUGGUCAAACUUCUGCAGUUGAUCGCCAAGUCCCAGCUGACGUCUCUGAGCGGAGCUGCACAGAAGAACUAUUUUAACGUCCUUGAAAAGAUUGUGAGGAAAGUUCUGGAUGAUCAUCAGAACCCACGACUGAUCAAGGCGUUGCUGCAGGAUCUCAGCUCCACCCUGUGCAUCCUCAUCCGAGAGGUCGGGAGGUCAGUGCUGGUCGGCAACAUCAACAUUUGGGCCUGUCGUUUAGAAACUAUCCUUAACUGGCAGCAGCAGCUCAACAAUUUACAAAUUCCAAAGAAUGUUUCUAAAGGGAUGACACUAAGCGAUCUUCCUCUGCACAUGCAAAACAACAUCCUGUACAAGUUUACCGAUGCCUGUGACAUCAUCAACCUGGGACAAGCCACACCAACGCUGCUCAUGCUCAGUGAGGACCGGCUACUGUGGAAGAAACUUUGCCAGUUUCAUUUUGCAGAGAAACAGUUCUGCAGGCACUUGAUUCUAUCAGAGAAGGGCCAUGUGGACUGGAAGCUGAUGUAUUUCACUCUUCAGAAAUACUACCCUCAGAAAGAACAUUAUGGGGACACUCUGCAGUUCUGUAAGCACUGUAGCAUCCUAUUCUGGAAGGACAGACACCUGGCUUUGAUCUUUAAGGACUCGGGACAUCCUUGCACAGCAAACGAUCCAGACAGCUGCCUGACCCCCGUCUCACCACAGCAUUUUAUUGACCUCUUCAAGUUCUGAGCGUUCUUGGAACACUUGGGAACGGAACCUCUCACCAAGACUAUGAACUUGAUUAAACAUUCAACCUUCAAAUCCAUAUUUCCUUAUUCCACCGUUUAAGAUCACGUCUCUCAUCUCUCCGUCAUUCCCUUCCGACUGUAUUUUGUGCUUCAAAGGCCUGAGAGGUUUUGACGAUGUAACGAAUGAUAGUAUUUCUUUUACACCCUAACUUUAAGGGCUUUUAAAGAAGACGUCACGAUUUUAGCGUAUGGGUGUUGUCCUCUGUUUUUGUUACUUGCUGUUUCCUCAAAUGAUUAAACUGUUUCGAGCACGGAUGGAUUGACGAAGGACAAAAUGAAUAAGAAAGGUUGCUUGUUUAAAAAAGAAUGACAAACUUGGGAAAGAAAACGUCUGGGAGAAUCCAAGCAGAGACUGCUGUCUUCAUGUUUGCUUUUUUGUUUCGGUAGCAAUGGAACGCAUGUUAAAGGUAGCUGUAGCUCAAUGUUUACGUGAAGUCUCGUGAUGUUUGGUUCUGCUGUGCGUAUAUAUUUGAGGUGUCGACACUAAAGUAUACAUUUGCUUGCAUUUGCUGCACAAAACAACUUUAUACGAAACACUUUUGUCAAAUCUGUCAUGAGCGCAGAUGAAAUAUAAUGUAAGCUUUGCUAUUUAUAAACAAAUGUAUUUUAUAUCCUUUCUCUGAACUUUGUAAUAUUCCUUUACUUUUUCAGUAAUAUACAUGUCAUUGGAAUGGCUAAACUGUAGGAUGUGUUUGGUUCUAUCAAACCUUUAAAGAAUUACAUAAAAGGAUCAAAACGUU